AUGACAUCUGUUCAAGAUAGAUUGAAGUUUAAACGCAUAUCAUGUGACACAUGGACAACACGCGAGCAAUUAUGUUUAGCAUCUAGUGUAGUAAAAUCUGGAGAUCAAAAUUGGAUGAGCGUAUCACGUUCUUUAAAACCUUUUGCAGAGAAGGAAGCAUUACGACCACCUGAUUGGUUUUCUCAAAAAUCUUGUGCUAUACAAUAUGCAUACCUUUUGGAAAAUGCUGAUGCACCAAAGCGUAAAAAGAGAGAAAGUGGAGAAACAGCAGGAGAAUCAAUAGUCAAAAGAUUAACUCAAGAUAGAAUGGCAGAAUUAGGUCAGAUAUUAGCUUUUCAAAGAGAUGAGUAUCAACAACUUAAGGCAGAAGUAAACCUGUUGAAGUCAGGUUCUUUAUCAGAAGAAAAAUUACAAAAAAUGUGGCAUGCCAUAGAACAAGAGGAACGUGACCAAGAACAAAAAGCAAGGGCGCAUUCUGCUUGGCUAGCUAAACGACAACAAAAGCAAGAAAUAAUGGUUUCGCAAAAUGUUCCUGUUAGAAAUCAACGUAAAGUAAUUGAAACAUCUUCAGACUUGUCAGAAUCGACCGAUGUUUCAAUGGAAGAUGAUGAAAAGAAAGGAAGAGGUGGUCGGUCUCCGUUAUUAACAAGUUUAUUAAAAUCUCCCAGCCCAACAACUCAGAUACAAACGUCGACAUCUACUGCGCAAAUAAAUUCUCCUACUAUUACCAGUCUUCUUGGUUCUAGUCCUAAAGUACCAAUUUCACAAAUAACACAAAGCGUAACUUCUUCUAUGCAUCAAAUGGUACCAUCUCCAAUAACAAAUGUUAUUCCUGAAAGACCAUCAGUUGGUGCUCCAACACUCUCUAUGUUAUUAGAAAUGCCUGCUAAUGCUCAAAGAGGUCCAUUACCAAAUUUACAAGUACCUUCGACUAUAGUAUCGCAACAACAAAAUGUUUCACAAGAGGUUCCUAAUCUUCAAAAUCCUGUUUCACAAACUCCUAUUCAAAACGAAGUUGUACCACCUGCGACACUUGCAAUCCCAGCUACAACAAAUAUACAAACAGCAGCAGAAAGUAUGGUGCAAAUAAUAGAUCACAUAGACGAUGUUAUUAGAAAAGAUAUAAUGGCUGACGUGAUAGAUAAAGACGAAAUAAAUGAAAUUAUUGGAGAUAUAGAAGAAUUAAUAAAGGAGGAAAUAACAGGCAGUCCACAAACUUUAGAAUCUGUUAAUACAAAUACAGUAAUCAAUAGUCUUACUAUUCCUCAAACUCAAGAUAUUCCACAGAUACCUGAACGUCCAAAGCCUCGAGACGUAGACGAAGCUGUUUCACUUUCUGAUUCUCCUCACAGCGAAGAAAUGGCUAUCGAAGAAAUAGAUUCUAGUACUUCUAACAUUGCUGAAAUUAUAGGAACAGCGAUAGAACCAUCAGAAUCAAAAGUUAUCAUAGCUGAAAUAUCAGAAAAUGUGUCUAAUUCACAAGAAGAAGAAAAAUCAGAAGCAAACAAUUUUGAUGAGAGAGUAAUUCCAAAUGAAGAAGUUACUCCAGAAGUAGAAAAUAACGUUGAAGAUAAUAAUAAAGCAAAUACAACUGUAGAGGAAAAACAAAUUAUCGAAGAUCUUGAAAUUUUAGAUUCUGUAUCGAAUGUAGAAACGGAAGAAAGUGAUUCAAAAACACCUGAUGUAAAAGAAACUGUUGAAGGUACUAUUGAAGAAGAAAUAGAUGAAGUUGAGGAAGAAGAAAUGAUUGUAUCUGAGAAAGAAGAAUCUUGCGAUAAUACAAAAGAACAAAAAGAAUCUUCGGAAGAAUUAGAAAAUAAAGAAUGUUUAGAAUUAGAUCAAUUAGAAUUACAUCUUGCAAAAAUUACUGGAGAACAGCAAGAUGUACCAUCUGCCGAAGCUGCUAGCGUUUCUUCAGAAGUAACAAACGAUGUUCCCAGUAUAGAAGACACAGAGAAGUCGCAAGAUAUUAGUUUAAUUUUAGAAGAUGACGAGAGUUCUCAUAGCAUAGAAAAUAAGAAAAAAAUAGUAGAAGAACAAGUUAUCGAGAAUACGAUAGAAAGUACGGAAUCAUUAGAAUCAUUUAAAGAGGAACCAAUUAUUUUAAUAAAAGAAAAAACUAUUAUUGAAGUAGCGGAAGAAUUAUCUGUUAAAUCGCAAGAUGUCACGGCUGAAGAUACUUUAGAAAUUUAUACAGAUGAAUAUAAAAAGGAGGAGAGAGAUUUUUCAGAAGAUACAGUCAGUUCAACAUUACCAGGUGUUGAAAUAAAAGAAGAAAUGGAAGAAAUAGAAGAAUCUACUAUAGCUGUAGAAUCUUGUCAAGAUAUUACAUCGGAAGAAAUCAUUGAUACGGAAAUGGAAUCUGUAGAGACUAAAACGAAAAAUAUAUUUGACGCAAAAAAUAUAGAAAUUGUAUCACAAAUAAAACAAGAACCCAAAACAGAAGAGAUUGUACAAACUGCUAAUUCUUUUAUCGAAGAGAAAGAAAUGAUAAUAAAGGAAGAGCAUCAAAUAAAGGAAGAGAAGGAUCUUAAAAAAUGUAUAAAAACUGAGCCAUCGAUAAAACAAGAAAUUACUACAGAGUCUGUUGUCAGUGCAGGAGAAGAAACUGCAGAAUUAGAUGAAGAAGAAUCUUCUUUGAGUAAAUUAAGUGGUGGACGAGCCAUGAAAACUUAUUCGAAAAAACAAACUAUCACUGUUGACAGUGAAACAGAAAAUGAAAGCACUGGAGAAGGUGCUGAUUACAGAGCAUGGAAGAAAGCAGUUAUGUUGGUUUACAAUCGAUUAGCUACUCAUAAAUAUGCGUCUGUAUUUUUAAGACCUAUUACAGAAGAUCAAGCACCUGGAUACCAUUCCGUUAUUUUUCGACCGAUGGAUCUUUCUACUAUAAAAAAGAAUAUAGAUAAUGGAACAAUCAGAUCGACUACGCAUUUUCAACGAGAUGUUAUGCUUAUGUUUCAAAAUGCUAUUAUGUAUAACAAGCAUGAUACUUUUAUAUAUAAAAUGGCAGUUUCUAUGCAAGAAGAAUGUUUACAACAUAUGCAGAUUUUAGUACAAGCGACAGGAGAAGGAACAUUCCGUAGGGAAACAAGAACUGCAGCAAGUAGCAGUAUCGAAAUCAGUGAAAAUUGUAUUAAGAGAAAAAGAAGUCACAUUACUCCGAGUCCCCAUGACACUGAUAGUCCACGUUCUAAGAAACGUAGAAAAUCUGAAAAUGAUUGAAUAAUUAGUCUUAUUUUGAUUACAAAUAGAUUUGGAAUUUUAUCAUACAAAAAAUAUUACCUCAACAUUACUUUUCGUAUAUUAGUCCUUUACACUUCAAUGAUGAGUCUCGCUUACCAUUCUUCAUUUAAAUGCAAAGGGUUAAAUCAAUGCAUACGUGAAUAAUAUAGGAUGUUUUAAUCCUAUUCAGAUAUAAGAUUAAAUAUUAAAACAAAAACAAAAAGAAAGAAAGAAAGAAAGAAAAAAAAAAAAAAGAAAGAAGUAAACAGUGCAGACAUUUUUUUAAUUUUUUUUUCUUUUAAAUUAUUUUGUGUAGAUCAACAAUAAUUAGCUGUGCAUAAGUUGUAAAUUUUUAAGUAUAUAUGGAAACAUGACAAGUACAAAUAAUUAAUAUACGAUAAAUAUAAUGUACAGGAAAAUCUUUUUUAAAUAAUGGGCCGUUAUACCUGGACGGGUAAAAAAUAUAUGAUAAACAAUUUAAAAGAUGAAAAAGGUUACAUUAAUUAUGUGUCCCUUAUAAAGAAAACAACUCUUUUAAUGUCUCAAUUAAAUCUUAGAAAUAAAGAUUACUUGUAUACUUCUGGAGAAGCUGUAAGUUAAACGGAUAAUCAAUAUAAAAUAACAGUUAUUAAAAUUAAACAAUUGAAAUUGUCAAUAUAUUUAUACAUAUACAGGGU